GUACGUAAAGGAUGAGUCGUCAAUCCUUCCUUCGGCAGCAGGUGACAUGAAGGUCCUUCUGCUGAUUUCGUUCGCGGUGAUUGUGGGUGCGGAUUUCUUUCACACUCGAGGGCCGGCAACGUUCGUCCAGUUUCAACCAUAUCGUGUAUCACCUAGUGGAUACAGCUUUGUCUACAGCGGAGUCCAUCCUGGAGGAGGCUCGUUCCACAAGGAAUCUAGUGACACAUCCGGAAACGUUGCUGGCUCUUAUGGUUUAAAAGAUGCAGAUGGUCGCUACCGAGCUGUUAGCUAUGUGGCUGAUGGCGCUGGGUUCCGUGCAAGCGUGCAGUCCAACGAACCAGGACUUGGCGCGCAAAAUCCCUCUCACGUGUCUAUUGUAAAAGGAGGACAGCCAUCGGUACCUGGAGCGCCAGCAUCACUGUACACUUUCUCAGUUCCCAGCCAUGCAGCAGGCGUACCAGGAGCAUUCAGUACGGCCGGCCCACCAAGUUCGUAUAGCUUCUCCUAUGACGGAUCUGCCUCAGGCGGAGGAUUCCACAGUGAGUCUGGAGACUCUUCAGGAACAAAGAGGGGCUCCUACGGCAUCAAGGAUAUCGAUGGACGAAUUCGUACGGUAAAUUACGUUGCGGACGCUGGGGGAUUUAGGGCAUCUAUACACACGAACGAACAAGGCGUACACGGCGAGAGUCCAGCAGACGUUACCAUCACUACGUCCGGUGGACACGUGCAAAGCACUACAGGAAGUGAGGUCGGUGGAAGCUCAGGUGGAACGCAUCUCACCGGUUAUGGCACCGUCGAUGCAUCGGGAAGCUACAAUUUUGCUUACGGUGACCCAUCAAGCGGCCCAUGGCAAACUGAAUCGGGAGACAAUUCCGGCUCCAAAUCUGGUUCCUAUGGCCUCCAGGACAGUGAUGGUCGUGUCCGUACCGUAAAAUACGUUGCCGACGCUGGUGGAUUCCGAGCUAGCGUAAGCUCCAAUGAACCAGGAGUGGAAAGUGACAGUCCCGCUGACGUUGUUGUCUCCAAGCAAGCGGAGCUCAGCCUAUCUGCGUCUGACUCCGUACAGGGACACUCUGCAUACCAAACAGACAGUCCUUCUGGCGUCCGUCCUUCAGAGGAUUCAGGACCGACGCGGACAGGAUAUGGUACUAGCGAUGCAUCCGGAAACUACAAUUUCGCUUACGGUGAUACAUCUGGAGGGUCUUGGCAGCAGGAGUCGGGAGACGCUUCAGGAUCGAAAUCUGGGUCGUAUGGUCUCGCGGACGUCGAUGGAAGGGUUCGUACUGUGAACUACGUGGCGGAUGCUGCGGGAUUUCGUGCUACAGUGAACUCCAACGAGCCUGGUGUGGAGAGCGGAAGUCCAGCCGACGUUGAUCUCUCCAAGGAGGGCGAGCACCAUCUACAAGCACCCUCCUACAAGCAUUCUGAGCCACUUACUGCUCCGGAGUCACAUGACGCGUCUGCUACAGGAUCGGAUGCUCUACCAGGCCCUGUUUCGACGGGAUACGGUACAACGGAUGGGACCGGUGGCUAUAGCUUCAGCUAUGGCGACACCAGCUCUGGUCCAUGGCAAAGGGAGGUCGGAGACGCCACAAACAAGCUGGGAUCAUACGGAUUCACCGGGCCCGAUGGUCAUACAAGAACCGUUAGCUACACCGCCGACGAUGAAGGCUUCCACGCCACUAUUACUUCUAAUGAACCUGGAGUGGAAGAUAAGAAUCCUGCUGAUGUGAAGCUUAUGAAGAGUGAAGCAUCAACGCCGGAAGCUUACGGAUUGGGUUUUGUACAGCCUCGUACCAGCGUUACGCCCACUGGAUCAGUCGAAGGACAUGGUGCCUCUCACAUUCAGACUGGGACCGGUGGGUACAGCUUCAGCUAUGGUGACACUAGCUCUGGUCCAUGGCAAAGGGAGGCCGGAGACGCCACAAACAAACUGGGAUCAUACGGAUUCACCGGGCCCGACGGUCGUACUAGAACCGUUAGCUACACCGCCGACGAUGAAGGCUUCCACGCCACGAUUACUUCCAAUGAACCUGGAGUAGAGGAUAAGAAUCCUGCAGAUGUGAAGCUUAUGAAGAGUGAAGCACCAACGCCUGAAGCUUACGGAUCGGAUCUUUCACAGCCUGAUACCAGCGUUACGCCUACUGGAUCAGUCGAAGGAAAUGGCGGAUCUCAUAUUCAGACUGACACUGGAGGCUACAGCUUCAGCUAUGGCGACACCAGCUCUGGUCCGUGGCAAAGGGAGGCCGGAGACGCCACGAACAAGUUGGGAUCAUACGGAUUCACCGGGCCCGACGGUCGUACGAGAACCGUUAGCUACACCGCCGACGAUGAAGGCUUCCACGCCACUAUUACUUCUAAUGAACCUGGGGUGGAGGAUAAGAAUCCUGCGGAUGUGAAGCUUAUGAAGAGUGAAGCGUCAACGCCGGAUGCAUACGGAUCGGUUCUUGCACAGCCUGAUACCAGCGUUACUUCCACUGGAUCAGUCGAAGGACAUGAUGGCUCUCAUACUCAGACUGGUGGCACGUCGUACAGCUUCGGUUAUUCUAGCGGUGCAGAAGGCGGUAGUUCCUUCCACAAAGAAUCGGGCGAUGCAUCUGGCUCCAAAAUGGGAUCGUACGGACUCAAGGGCGCCGAUGGCACUGUUCGUACCGUCCACUACGUUGCGGACACGCAGGGAUUCCGCGCAAGCAUCAGGUCCAAUGAACCAGGCGUAGACGCUUCUAAGUCCCCUGCAAGCACUACCAUCACAGGAGCUGGUGCUCCAGUUACAGUUUUCCACGGAUUGCAAGGAGGCCAAGGCACCGUUUCCCACGGAUUGUACGGAGGCCAAGGCACCGUUUCCCACGGAUUGUACGGAGGCCAAGGCACCGUUUUCCACGGAUUGCACGGAGGCCAAGGCACCGUUCUCCACGGAUUGCACGGAGGCCAGGGCAGUGGACACGGAGGUUACCACAAAGCCGCCCUGGUGGUUCCUGUUGCGUACGUAUCUCCAGCUGCGAUAGUGCAUCCCGGCUUGUUCUCUUACAAAGUGCAAGUUCCACAUUGGACCGUCGCCAACGCGCAACAGUGGAAGAAGUAAGAUGGUUGAAUACUACCGUUCAUUCUGCCUGCUCAACGCAGAGGAAGUAGGGUGCGAAGUAGAGCAAACAUUCCUUGCCGAGGAGUCUAGGCGUCGUGGUGCCUCUGUUGUGUUAGUUGCGUCUUUAUGUUAGGGACAACGUCAGGGUCAACGUUAGGGUCAGCGUCAGCGAGUGCCUGUGGCGGUGCUAAAGCCCGCACCUUUCUGACUGACCCCGUUGUCCCUUCGUCAACUGCAGCGUUUCAGAUCAUUGCCGAGGCGUUCGUAAAGGUUAAAUAUUGUGUUGUUCUAAUUGUCGUUCGUUCAGCCCCUACAAGUCACGUUGCUCAGGUAUCUGUUCUGUACUAUUCGUUGUUCUGUGAAUACUUCUACCCACGAGGCCAUUGAUGUCGUCCGGAAAAUGUAGCCCUGCUCCGCGUACCUACUUGUGCAACGCUUCUCAGUCGCUGUCUUUUGCAUGCUGUUUUGUGCCCUCGUGACAAUUCUUACUGUUGGCUUUCUUUGUGGAUUUAAAAUAAAAGAAGCAAAAACGAC